AUGUCGGUCCAACAAUGUGCUCCUCAAACUGAAACUGGUGUUACAUCUCGGGAGGAGGUGAAUGUCCUGAAAAGGAAUUCAGAUGAUGUUGGAUGGGAGUAUGGGUUUCUAGUGGAUGCAAACAACAAGGACAAGGUGGAGUGCAAAUUCUGUUGUCAUCGGAGCCAAGGAGGGGUCCAUCGGUUGAAGGAACAUGUGGCCAAUGUUGGAACAAAUGCGAAGAAAUGCAGGAAGAGCACACAGGAGGCUAAAGACAAGUGCAAGAAAUCACUAGAAGAUUCAAAAAGGAAGAGGAAGGAGCAGGCUGCUCGUGAACUAGAGCUUAGAGAAGACGUGAAUGUUUCUCGAGUUGGAAUAGAGGAUGAUGAAGUGACUUGUGUUGGAAGUUCAGAGCCUCACAAAUUAGGACCCAUUGAUAAGUGGACACGUGCUAUUGAUCCUAAAGCAACAAAAUCUGAGUCUUUGAAGCAACAGAAGCUGAACAAGGAACUUUGGAAAGAAAGAACACAUGAGGUGCAUAAAUAUAUUGCAAGAUGGGCAUAUACACAUGCCAUACCAUUCAAUGCUUGUGACAAUGAUGAGUUCAAGCAAAUGUGUGAAGCAAUUGGACAGUUUGGUUCUGGACUUGAACCUCCAUCUCUGCGUGAUCUGCGAGAGAGUUUGCUAGAUGAAGAAUAUGCAAGAACCAAGAGUUUGCUACAAGAACAUGAGGCUGAGAAGGUGAAGAAUGGGUGCUCAGUUAUGACUGAUGCUUGGUCAGAUAGGAAGAGGAGAAGUAUAAUGAACCUGUGCACUAACUGUGCUGAUGGAUCCGGUUUUGUUAGCUCAAAAGAGAUGUCAGAUGUGUCACACACAAGUGAAGUCAUAUUUGAACUAGUGGACAAAGCAAUUGAAGACAUUGGUCCGGAUGAUAUGGUGCAAGUAGUGACAGACAAUGCUUCUAACAACAUGGGAGCAAAGAAGCUAUUGCUUGAGAAGAGACCAAACAUCUUUUGGACCUCUUGUGCAACUCAUACAAUCAAUUUGAUGCUCCAAGAAAUUGGCAACAUGCCACGGUUCAAGAAGGUGAUUGACCAAGCAAAGGCAUUAACCAUAUUUGUCUAUGGGCACACAAGAACAUUGGAGUGCUUGAGACACUUCACAGAGGGGAGAGAGAUAAUAAGGCCAGGAGUGACUAGGUUUGCUUCAGCUUUUCUCACUUUGAAUGGCAUACUAGAGAAGAAGGACCAAUUAAGAAAGAUGGUGGUUCAUAAUAGGUGGGACACAUUGAAGGAUGUGAAGUCAAAAAAGGGAAAAGAUGCAACAGCAACAAUAUUGAGUCCAACCUUUUGGAAGGAUGCGAAGCUGUGUUUGAGUGUUUUUGAGCCAUUGGUCAAAGUUCUUCGUUUGGUUGAUGGGGAUGUGAAGCCAUCAAUGGGUUUCAUAUAUGGAGAACUACUAAAGGCAAAGAGAGAGAUCAAGGAAGCCUAUGGCAAUGUUCAAUCCCGCUACAACGAAGUUAUUGCUAUUAUUGACAAGAAGAUGAAAGGAAGACUUGAUUCUCCAUUGCAUUUGACUGCCUAUCUGCUGAAUCCAUACUACAGCUAUGGCAACCCAUCAAUCUUUGAUGAUGCCACAAUAACAGUAGGUUUUAUUAGCUGUGUAGAGACUUUUUAUCAUCAUGAUGAGGACAAGCAAGAUCAGGCUGUCAACACUGAACUAAAGAAGUUUCAUAAUAGAGAAGGACCAUUUAACAAGAAGCUUGCAAAGACUUGUGAAAAAAUUGAGUACAACCUAGCUCAAGGUUUUCUGUAUGAGGAUGGAGAUAAUUGUGCAAUAGUUGUCUAUAGAGAUGAGGAAGAUGAGGAGAUGGAAGGUACAGGGAUACCUUGGUCUGUUAUUGGAGAAGUAGUAGGAGCAGACCAACAACUUGAGCUGCGUAGAAGUGCUAGAGUGAGGCAACUUUAUGAAGAAGAAUUUGACUCCAAAGAAGAAGAGUUUGAUGAAGAUGAGGAUGAAUAUAUGGAACCCUAUUGA